CGGGGCGGUGGUGAGUCGGUCUGUGUCAGUUGGCUUGGUAAGGCAUCCGAGGCCGCGUGGCUCCCUCCAGCCCUGCCGCUCCUCCCUCCCGCUCACUGAACCUUCCCGCAGUCCACGCAGAAAGCCGAGAGAGCGCUGAAACUCCUCCCUCACGCCCGCUCAUCCACCAGCGGCAGAGGUAGAGAUAGAAAGUUAAGUUCGUGAUCAAAGAGAGCCGUGCGCGAAGUCUGAAGUCCCGCGCGCUCGUCUCAUCACGUCUUCGCCUUCGUCAGUACCGCUAAGGGAGGUGAAGGAAGCGUCGGGAGUCCUGCAACGUGUCCCUAGCGGUCCCUUGGUGGCUCGGAAGGGGCGUGGGAGAAGGAAAGAAGCGAGUGGUUGGUUGGUUGGUUAGUUAAAUUGUUAAGUUAGUUGGCUGGCGGACUGACUGGCUGGCUGACUGCUGCCUGGAGGAGUUUACGUGAAGGACAAUCAGCAAAACUUGGCUUGCAUUGAGAAUAUUUAGCGUUCCCUCUCCCUCUCUCCCUCUCUUCCCCUGUCCCUUUCCCUCUCCUCUCUCUCUCUCUUGUUUUUCUCUUUCUCUCUCUCGAACACACUCUGAUAAGGGAAAACGAGACGUACUUUCAGCCUUUCGACAAUAGUGACUUUUUUGAAACCGGUGUGAUUGCAGCCCUCACUCCGCCCACUCCCACGCCAGCACCCACGCCUACGCCCACCAGCAGCAGCACCACACCUUCAAGCACACACUGACGAAGGCCCCGCAGGAGUGGUUAGAACGAAGAGGGAAGUGCUGAAACCUCUCCUAAGUGUCUCCUCUCUUUGUCUACCACUCUCUCACUCCUUCACUCUCUCUCCCUCUCCUCCGCCGUCAGCACCUUCGCCCGCAGAGUAUUCUCAGUCUCAGGUAGAGAAGAUGUGGACAAGGCUGCCUCAUCUCCAACUCCUCCAUCUCCUCCUCCACAAACGAGUCUUCUUCCUCCUCUUCAUCGUCCUACUCCUCCUCCUCCUCCUCGCCCAGGAAGGCCAUGGAGAUAUUUCUGGCUCAAGGCGGGAGUUACCAGCACACAAGAGACAGUCAGUUCAAUACUCCACGCUGGUCGGUCCGUCAUUCCUCAACGUCUCCGCCCACGCCCACGCCCACGCUCGCACUGGACACACCGCCUACCUCACCUGCGUCGUCAGAAACCUGCAUAAUUAUACGGUGUCAUGGGUGAGGGCGAGCGAUAUCCACCUACUGACAGCGGGAGAGACCACCUACACCUCGGAUCACAGGUUCGUGGCAGUCAACCCUGGAGGCGGGCCUAAGUGGGUCCUGCGCCUCCACCACGCUCGCCCCAAAGACGCCGGAACGUAUUUAUGCCAGGUGUCCGUCACGCCGCCCAUUAGUACCUCUGUCAACCUCCUCGUCACUGAGGCUUCAGCGCGCGUGUUCCCAGGGCCUGAGGUGUUUCUGAAAGCGAGCAGUCGGCUGGUACUGGUGUGUGAGGUGCGUGGCUGCCCGUACCCGGCCCACCCCACCUGGCAGCGCGGCAACAAGGUGGAGGGUGGAACACAAGUGGAGGAAGGUCACGUGACAGCCUCCACCUCCACCCCAGCCUAUGAGGAGACCACCACCACCACAUCCACCACCACCACCACCACCACUCUACUGGCCUCCCACAACACCACCAACACCUUCACCACCACUGUUACUCCAUCCACCACCACCGCAGCCGCACCCACCACCACCGCCACCACCACCACCACCACGCCCACGCCCAUAGGCCUGCCCAUAGCGAGGGUGACGCUAGUACGCCCAAAAGCCAAGGCCGCGCAUUCCGGGGUGUACACGUGUAUGAAUUCAUGUACACCACCAAUCAACCUCACCUUACACGUCCUUAUAGGUGACGAAGAGACGGCUGCAAUGCAACACCUGAGUGGGUCGCCGCGCCCCUCUCCGCUCUCGUGCUGGCUUCUCCCCGUCCUCGCAGCCAUGACGUCACUCCUGCAGCUGAUGACGUCCUGAAUCACGAUGAGGCAGCCAGCCACGGGGAGACACUUAGCUAAUAAUGAUACUGAUGAUAAGGAUAAUAGGAGAUAAGAGAUACAUAUGUGGACUGUGUAGAUUUCCCCUCAACCUUUUCUCUUUUAUCGUGAGGAGAGAGAGAGAGAGAGAGAGAGAGAGAGAGAGAGAGAGAGAGAGAGAGAGAGAGAGAGAGAGAGAGAGAGAGAGAGAGAGAGAGAGAGAGAGAGAGAGAGAGAGAGAGAGAGAGAGAGAGAGAGAGAGAGAGAGAUAAUAUGAUUUCUCUUAAGUAAAAGAAUGGUUUACCUCUUUUUCCUUUCAUGCACACGCAGAGAGAGAGAGAGAGAGAGAGAGAGAGAGAGAGAGAGAGAGAGAGAGAGAGAGAGAGAGAGAGAGAGAGAGAGAGAGAGAGAGAGAGAGAGAGAGAGAGUGGACAGGGCGGGUUAUUGCCAGAAUAUGGAUAAUACCUUGUCCUGAAAUGGCUAUUGGUCCUGUAACCCUGUGGCCCUGGAGGAGGAGGAGGAGGAGGAGGAGGAGGAGAGGAGGAGGAGGCAAGGGCUUUGGACUGGGGUCACUCUGGUAGCCUGAAGGUUCCCUGAAGGCGCUGCAGCAGGCAACUUUAAUAUAAAUGUCCUCUUGCGCGCCUGCAGAAGGAAGAGGAAGAGGAGGAGGAGGAGGAGGAGGAGGAGGAGGAGGAGGAGGAGGAGGAGGAGGAGGAGGAGGAGGAGGAGGAU